UAACUUCAAAUGGCUCCUACUAAUAAUAAUCUUCUUCUUCUUCUUCUUCUUCUUCUUCUUCUUCUUCUUCACUAAGUUGCUCCCGAAUUCAAAAAACAGAAAAACCACUUUCAAUUUUCAACAUGUCGGACUCCGGCGACUGCGGACGUUGCAAGUGUUGCAGCGUCAUAAUAACCUUAGGCCUAACUGCUCUCUCCUUGUGGCUCAUCCUCCGUGCCUCCAACCCAAUCUGCUCCAUCCAAGACUUUUACGUCCCUGUCCUCAACAAAACCCUCAACUCCACCACCGCCACCACCUCCAUCUACUUCGACAUCGAGCUAGACAACCCGAACAGGGACGAAGAAAUUUACUACAACACCCUCGACCUCACCUUCUACUACAAGUACUCUAACCAAACGUACUCCCCCGUAGCCAACCAGACGUUUGUUGGAUUCUACCAAGGCUUUAAAAAAAAGGCUCGCCGGAGGGGGACGGUGAAGGCCACUGGGGUGCCGUGGGGGGAGGUUUUCGGGGCGGUUUCCAACGGGUCGAUGCCGGUUUUCAGGGUGGGUUUGGUUACUUCGUUCAGGUUCAAGGUUUUGUCUCGGAAGACUAAGGAGCAUAAGUUGGCGGUGGGGGCUGACGUGGCGGUCAAUGAUUCGGGGGAGAAGGAUAACCAGAAGGGCGUUAGACUCAAGUCCGGUGCACCGGAGAUGAUCCGGCGCGGUCCAACGCGGCCUUUGGUUAUUGAUAGUGUUAUUUUGUUCAAUUUGUUGUUUAUUAGUACUUGACUUUGUCAUUCGUCUCUAUUUUAUUGUCAUUUUAAUACUUUGGUGGUGGAAUACGAAAUGGGGAUUAAAAUGCUUCCUAGUUAUAAGGUAUAGUUAUAAGGUUUUAAAUUCAUAAUCUCAAAGGGGUUAGGUUGCGUGCUGAUUAAGGCUUUGGAAUUUAGGAAUAUUAUUCUUAUUCAUAGGUUUUAGUUU